AAUAUUGAGUUGCACUAAUAAUAAUAUUACACAUUUGAUAUGAAAUAGCUUACUUUAAAGUAUAAAUGUGAAAUAUUAAAAGGAUGUAUUUGUAAUUUUGAAAAAGAUGGAGGACGAUAAGUGAAAUAUUGAAAGCAAGGGAAAUAAAACAAUUUUGGGGGUCAAAACCAAACCCUAGAAUACACGGGAAAGAAAAAUCGACCCGUUCUUGAAUCAAAUAUCCAAAAAUAUCUUUCUCUCGCUUUAGCUCAUCUUCUUGAUUCACGAUUUGAAGUUAGCAAGCCUGACAAAAUAAUGGCGGGUCAGAGGAAUAGUUAUGGAAAGCGUUCUCAUUCUGAUUAUUCUGAUAAUGGAGGAAAUAAAAGGAGAAAUCCUGGUGAAGAUAGAGAACAGUUUGUCAUAGAUUCUGAAGAUACUGUUUAUCGUUAUUUAUGCCCUGUUAAGAAGAUAGGAAGCAUAAUAGGGCGAGGUGGGGAGAUUGUGAAGCAGCUGAGGUUGGACACAAAAUCAAAGAUUAGGAUUGGAGAGACUGUACCUGGAAGUGAAGAGCGUGUUGUCACUGUUUAUAGUACCAGUGAUGAGAGUAAUUCAUCUGAAGACAAUGGUAAUAAUAUUUGCCCUGCUCAAGAUGCUCUCUUUAGGGUUCAUGAAAGGGUUGUUGCUGAAGAAUUGCAUGGUGAUGAUGACAUGGAAGGUGGUCAUCAGGUUACUUGUCGUCUUCUUGUACCGUCUGACCAGAUUGGUUGUGUUAUUGGGAAGGGAGGGCAGAUAGUACAGAACAUUCGUAGUGAGACUGGAGCUCAGAUUCGUAUUCUUAAGGAUGAACAUCUUCCUCCUUGUGCCUUGAAUUCUGAUGAGCUUAUACAGAUAUCUGGUGAUUCUCUAGUUGUCAAGAAAGCUCUCUAUCGAAUUGCUUCUCGCCUCCAUGAUAACCCAUCCAGAUCCCAGCAUUUACUUACAUCUGCCGUGCCUAAUGUGUAUCCUUCUGGUGGUUCACUCAUGGGUCCAAAUACUGGUGCUCCCCUUGUGGGAUUAGCUCCAUUGAUGGGUCCCUAUGGAGGAUACAAAGGUGAUGCUGGAGACUGGUCACGUUCCUUGUACUCAGCUCCAAGGGAUGAAGCAUCUUCGAAAGAGUUCUCUAUCCGCUUGGUAUGUCCGACUGGAAAUAUUGGAGGUGUGAUUGGAAAGGGUGGCACUAUAAUUAAUCAGAUCAGACAGGAAUCUGGAGCAGGAGUCAAAGUUGAUAGUUCCGCUACUGAAGGCGACGAUUGUUUAAUAACAGUUUCAGCAAAGGAGUUCUUUGAGGAUUCAUACUCUCCAACUAUAGAAGCAGCAGUACGCCUGCAGCCCAGAUGUAGUGAGAAGGUUGAGAGAGAUUCAGGAAUUGUCUCAUUCACGACCCGUCUACUUGUUCCAACAUCAAGAAUUGGCUGCCUUAUUGGUAAAGGGGGAGCCAUCGUAACUGAAAUGAGGAGGGCUACUAAAGCUAAUAUUCGUAUAUUGGCAAAGGAUAAUCUUCCAAAAAUUGCAUCCGAUGAGGAUGAGAUGGUGCAGAUUGCUGGUGAUCUUGACGUAGCUAAGGAAGCUCUUAUACAUGUAAUUACCCGAUUGAGAGCUAAUCUUUUUGAUAGAGAGGGUGCAGUAUCUACUUUCCUUCCAGUUCUACCGUAUAUUCCUAUGUCCGCAGAUGGUUCAGAUGGUUUAAAUUAUGAAAGUAGAGACAGUAAAAGACAUGGACGUGGUCAUUCUUAUUCUGGUGGUUAUGGUGGCUCAAGUGAUUUGGCAUCUUCUGACGGCUAUGGAAGUUAUGGUGGUUCCCAGAUUGGUGGUGGUGGUGGUGGUAGCGGUGGCGGCGCUUAUGGUGCUUAUGGGUCUUAUUCCUCAGGACGACCUGGUAGUUCUGGGUUAUCUAGCCAGAACCCCGUUUCUCGACGGAGAAACUAUGGUUACUAGAAUUUGUUGAUGGUUACCUGCAGGCAGCUUGAGAUAUACGAAGCCCCGAAGCCAGCCUACUGCCUCUUUUGAUGAAGCCUUCUGCCUAAACUGGAAGACCAGAUGAACCAGCGUUUGACAAUACUCAUGGCCCACCUUGACGCUUCUAUUUUAAUGGACCAAAUACAUGUGAAGAUUUUUUUUCCACCAAGAAAAUUUUGCUUGUCCAUUAAACCAAAUUUGCCAAACUUAGUAUCUUGUGUUUCCUAAAUCCUAAGGCCUCUCACUCCUGCUUGUUUUUAUUUUAUUUUUUUUCGACUCAACUUUCCUUAAGAUACAAAUCCAUGUUGCUCCCAACCUCCAGUAGGUGUUUUGAAUUCUAAAGUAAAUGUUUGCAGUUGCUUUUCUUUUUUCAGCUGUGUAGUAUGAAUUCUUUUUCAUGGUAUUUAUAACGAGUUGAUUGUUGAUACUUUAA